UUUAUGCAUUCUUCCAGAGUUUCCAACAAUUUGAGCGUCGCCGGCCGUUACCUCUGGCAGCACUUCCACCGCCGUAACCGCCUCAUCCGCCGGGAGUCACCACCGCCGGAGCUGUCAAAGUUGCAGCAAAUCCAUUCGCUUCUCGUCGUCUCUGGUUGUUUUAAAAACUCCACCUUCCUUACGAGACUGUUGCUCCACUGUGUUUCUAUCCCCACUUCUGCUUCUGCUUCCGCUUCCGCUUACGCUCUCUCCAUUUUCAACCAAAUACGCCGCCGAGAUGUCUCCACUUACAACGCCGCCAUCAGAGCCUUCAUCUUCGACCACCAAAACGCCGUUUCCCUCUAUAUUAAGAUGCGCCGGGAGGGUGUCGUCCCCAACCAGCACACCUUCCCCUUACUGUUCAAAUCCAAAACACAAAUGCCUCUACAGAUCUUCACUCAAUCAAUCAAAUUCGGUUUCGGUUCUGAUGGAUUCGUCUGCAACUCUUUGAUUUCGGUGCUCGCUGGCUACGGUCUCAUUCGUCACGCACGUCAAGUGUUCGACGAAAUGACUGACAGGGACGCCGUGGCCUACACCGCCUUAAUGGAUGGAUACGUCAAGAACAAUCGCGCAGACCAGGCGCUUGAGCUCUUUCUGGAGAUGAGAUCGUCCUCAUCAGUCGACGAAGUCGCCGUCGCCACGGCUCUCUGUGCGGUCGCCAUGACAGGCUGCAUUUGGCUCGGCCGGUGGAUUCAUGGUUUCUAUGUUGAGUCAGGGAGAGUCCUCCGAGACGUUGUCAUUGGCAGUGCUCUCAUUGACAUGUAUUCGAAAGGCGGCUGUCCCGACGACGCAGCUCAAGUUUUCCGAGAAAUGCCACGCAGAAAUGUGGUCUCUUGGAACGCUUUGUUGUCUGGUUAUGUUCAGUGCAACAGGUGCAAGGAUUCUCUGCAUCUCUUCCACAAAAUGCUGGUCGAAAAAGUCGAACCUAAUGAAGCUGUGCUAGCCACUACUCUCACAGCCUGCGCGCACCUCGGCUCGCUGAAUCAAGGGAGGUGGAUCGAUAAGUACAUCGAAGAUCACAAAAUGGAGUUGAAUUCAGUGCUCGGGACUGCUCUGAUUGAUAUGUACGCAAAAUGCGGCUGCAUCCACGACGCCUUUCUUGUGUUCCAUAGAAUUCGCACUGCCAAGGAUGUCUAUCCAUGGACUGCCUUAAUUUUCGGGCUGGCAAUGAACGGGGAUGCUCCCGGAGCUCUGACUACCUUUGACAAAAUGUUGGCCGACAGGGUGCAGCCCAAUGAGGUCACUAUCACUGCUGUUCUUUGCGCGUGCACUCAUGGAGGGCUCGUCCGCAGAGGCCAGGAAGUGUUUGCAUCGAUGGAGGACGAAUAUGGGAUAAAACCAACUGUUGAUCAUUACGGUUGUCUGGUGGAUCUUCUCGGCCGAGCUGGGCAGUUGGAAGAGGCGGUGAAACUGAUCGCCGGCAUGCCGAUGGAGCCGAGCGGCGGCGUAUGGGGUGCCUUGUUCAAUGCUUGCACCAUCCACAAGGAUUUCGAACUAGGCAAGAGCGUUGGCAGUCGCAUGAUACGGCUGGAACCUAGCGAUGGCAGCGUGUAUACCCGGUUGGCGAAUAUGUACUGUAAACACCGGGAUUGGGAAGCAGCCGCAGCCGUGAGGAAGAAGAUGCAUGAAAUGGGAGUGGAGAAGACUUCGGGAUGCAGUGCAAUUGAGGUUGAUGGCGCUGUUCGUGAAUUCGUGGCCUCCGAUGCACGGAUCGAUGUGUCCGAGGACUUGUAUGGUGCCGUGGAGAGCCUUGCGGCUCAGGGCCGGCCGCUUCCGGAAGCUCAUAUUCGAAUCUUUUGUGAGUAGGAUAGUUGCUGCAUUAGAAACAGUGAACAGUGGCCCAGCAGCCAUGGGAAGUAAGCUCCAGUAAGAACCUCUUCUAUCCAUACCACCACAAUGCCAUUUGACACUGUGACAGCCACUGGGUAGAGAGGAAACAUCUAGAAAGCAAGUAGAGAAUCCCUGACCUCGUUCGUUUAUGUCGAAACAGACAUAUUCAUUUACCAUCACACCAUCAUCUUCAUCCCUGGAGUGCAGUUCAUUGGUCUUCAAAGAUCCCACUAUAUAUGUUAAAAGUUUUUCAUUCAACUCCAUCAUAUCAUCAAUGUCCUGAUCCGGUUGGGAUUUUUCUCCAGGCUCUCCAGUUGCGGUCGUCGCCUGAGGCUGCGCUUUACAGCUAAUAAUGCAGUAGAUUUUGCUUAGCCGAUGUGGCAGAUCAGCAGGCAUGUUUUUCAACUGAAGGCAUAAGCUCAGAGAGAAAUGUGAUCCGGACAGAGUUGACGAUCGGUCCACAACUUGAUUGUCUUCGUUCAUCACAAAAAGCUCGGAUGAAACAGCAGGCCUGAGAUAGAUCAUAAAUAUGCUGAAUGUUGUUAAUCUACCUUGAUAUGAAAUAUACUGAAAAGUGAAAUUUCAAGAAGAUAAAUAAACUUGGUUCGGAUUACCUUACUAUAAAGAAGGUACGAGGAGUUUGCAUAGGAACCAGCAAUAAUUUAGAGAUAAAGUUCACCAGCAACUGCGACCCGUUACAUAGGAUCAGAGAUGCUGCAUCAUCCGGCUGCACAUUGGUUGCCUCGCUUU